AUGAAGGAGGUCCUUGUCCCCGUGCCGGAGUCCGACCUGCACGCGGGGGUGGGCACCAAAGUGGUGGUGACGCUCGGUCCAUCCUGCCAGUCGGUGGACGUCCUCGUCGAGCUGCUGGCAGCCGGCAUGACCUGCGCGCGUGUCGACCUCACCUGGGGACCCGCCACCUUCCACCAGGUGUCCCUGGAGAAUCUAGCAAAGGCCAUGCAUGUCACCGGCCGCCUGUGCUGCGUGUGGCUCGACACCACGGGAAGGGAGAUCACCGUGCGGCGCCCCGCCGAGACCACUGAGGACGGGUGGCUGCACCACGGCACCCCCAUCGAGAUCAAGAAGGGCCAGAGCGUCACGCUGACACCCAAGGACGUACCGGCGAGCGAGACCAUGCUGCCCAUAACGUACCCUGGCUUUGCAGACGCCCUGGACAUUGGGCAGACUGUGGUGGUGGGGCGUUACCUGAGCACAGGCGCUGAGGGCGGCACCCUGCUCCUCGAGGUGACAGAGAAGCAGGACCUGGACAUCGUGACCAUCGCCCAGACCGACGCCAGCCUGGACGGCCUGCUGACGGUGAUGGCCGCCCACCCCAACGAGGCCAACGACGCCGCCUUUGACAUGGCCAUCCCCAUCAUGACCCAGCAUGACGCAAACUGCAUCAAGAAGUUUGGCAAGGAGUAUGAGAUUGACUACAUCUCGCUGUCCUACUGCUCAUCUGUGGAGGAUCUGACAGAGUGCCGCGCUUUUCUGGAUGCGCUGGGCAUGUUCCAGACCAAGAUCAUUGCUAAGGUGGAGCGCAAGCCCGCGGUGCGAAACUUUGAUGCCAUCUGCCUGGCCGCAGACGGCGUGCUGAUCUCCCGCGGCAACCUGGGUCUCGACUAUGACGCAGAGCUGAUGUCCCUGCUCCAGAAGCGGCUGGUGGGGCGCUGCAACCUGCUGGGCAAGCCCGUCAUUGUGACCCGCUUCGUGGACACCAUGGUCAACACGCCGCGCCCCACCCGCGCGGAGGCCACGGAUGUUGCCAACGCGGUGCUGGACGUGGUACGACUGUGCCGCGCGGCCGAGCUCCACUUUGACUACCGCUCCCACCACGAGCUCAUGGUCAACGAGAGCUUUGAUGAGGGGCUGUCGCUGAGCCACCCGUCGGCCUCGGAGGCUGACAUCCCGGGGUCGUACGCCGGCCUGCCCUCCUCCGCCUCCCUGCUGGGCAUGUCCGAGCCAGUGCCGUCGAGCCUGACGCUGGCCACAGGGGUCUCCCAGGCUCCGACCGGCGCCGGCCCGAUGUGGGCGGACGGCGGCUCGCCGCCGCACCCGGCGUCGGGGCUGGGCGGCUCGCCCACGGCGCACACAGUGUCCGCCUUUGGCAGCGUGCCGUCACGCAUCGUGCAGCGGGGUCCGCGCCCCGGCCGCGACGCGGCCUACCUGCAAAAGCUGGAGAGCGUGGCCAGCAACGCCACGCGCACCGCGGAGAAGAUCGCGGCGGGGCUGAUCGUGGUGCUGACGGCCUCGGGGCGGACCAUCAGCUUGGUGGCCAAGUUCCGGCCGCCCAUGCCGGUGAUGGCGGUGGUGGUGCCCACCCUGAAGUCGGACAGGCUGCGCUGGAGGCUGGAGGGCAAGUACCUGGCGCGGCAGUGCCUCACCAUGCGAGGUGUGUUCCCCAUGCUUGCGGCGCCCAUGAGCUCCGGCUCGGACGAUCUGCUGUCUGAGGCCAUCGGCCUGGCCGCUGAAAACGGUCUCUGCAAGCCCCUGGACUAUGUGGUCGUCAUCACCACAGAGCGGGGGGCCCUGGUGGUCAAGAUCGUGCGGGUGGACGAGGCCGGCGAGGGCCUGCUGCACGGCGGCGAGGGCAGGGGCCCACUGGCCCCUGAGCAGGCCGGCAGCUUCACCUCCUCCCUGAUGAGCCCCGGUCUGAGCAACACGCUGUCUGGCAGCCUGGCGGCGGGGCAGCGCACCAGCCCCUUUGGCAGCGAGGGCGGCAGCCCCUUUGCGCGGGGGGUCCCCAGCCCCUUUGGCGCCGCACCAGCCGCUUCCGCCGCUUUGACUCAGGGUGCUCACCACCCCACCAGUCCCGGCGGGCGUGGCCGGCGCCGUGCGCACCAGGCACCCUCCUUCCUGGGCGCAAUGACGGAUGCAGACGCAAUCAGCGCCUUUGCCCGCGCCCAGCAGACGGCGGCGCACGGCUCUGUGGAGCCACGACUUCGCACGCUGUCGGAGCUCUGA